UGGGGGAUUUUGUAUGUUUUGCUUUGCUUUUCGGUUUUCGUUGUAACCAUAGUCAACCAGAUUCAGCCAUAAGACAUCAACACUGACAAAGUGUAGUCCGGACUAGCUUUUGCACUUCCACAUCAUGAUUAAUUUACUAUUCAUCUGGUACCUUCCUAUUAAACUUUGUCUUUAGCCUGUGAACUUUUCUUUCAGCUUCCAACAAAGGAUUUCAUUGCUUUAGGAAUUGAGGUGUGGCUAAGUUUUUACCUGGGAGCAAAGGUGAUGCAAGCGUUUCUGGUGAGACCUACCCUUGGUUUAGGGUGGGGAGGGACCGCAUAACAGACCAUCUGUAGACUCCUUCGGAAGGCAGCAGAGACGAGACGCCACUGACGGCUUUUCUUAGCCAUCAUCUGCAGACGGCUGGCAGGAUAGAAGCAGCGGCUCACUUGGACUUGUUCACCAGGAAAAUCAGAGACAAUGAUGGGGCUCUUGCCCAGAACCCCAGGGGCUCUGGCCAUCUUCAUGGUGGUCAUAUUGGUUCAUGGAGAAUUGCGAAUAGAGACGAAAGGUCAAUAUGACGAAGAAGAGAUGACUGUGCAACAAGCUAAAAGAAGGCAAAAACGUGAAUGGGUGAAAUUUGCCAAACCCUGCAGAGAAGGAGAAGAUAACUCAAAAAGAAACCCAAUUGCCAAGAUUACUUCAGAUUACCAAGCAACCCAGAAAAUUACCUACCGAAUCUCUGGAGUGGGAAUUGAUCAGCCGCCUUUUGGAAUCUUUGUUGUUGACAAAAACACUGGCGAUAUUAACAUAACAGCUAUAGUUGACCGAGAGGAAACUCCAAGCUUCCUGAUCACAUGUCGGGCUCUAAACGCUCAAGGACUAGAUGUAGAGAAGCCACUUAUACUAACGGUUAAAAUUUUGGAUAUUAAUGAUAAUCCUCCAGUAUUUUCACAACAAAUUUUCAUGGGUGAAAUUGAAGAAAAUAGUGCCUCAAACUCACUGGUGAUGAUACUAAAUGCCACAGAUGCAGAUGAACCAAACCACUUGAAUUCUAAAAUUGCCUUCAAAAUUGUCUCUCAGGAACCAGCAGGCACACCCAUGUUCCUUCUAAGCAGAAACACUGGGGAAGUCCGUACUUUGACCAAUUCUCUUGACCGAGAGCAAGCUAGCAGCUAUCGUCUGGUUGUGAGUGGUGCAGACAAAGAUGGAGAAGGACUAUCAACUCAAUGUGAAUGUAGUAUUAAAGUGAAAGAUGUCAACGAUAACUUCCCAAUGUUUAGAGACUCUCAGUAUUCAGCACGUAUUGAAGAAAAUACCUUAAGUUCUGAAUUAAUUCGAUUUCAAGUAACAGAUUUGGAUGAAGAGUACACAGAUAAUUGGCUUGCAGUAUAUUUCUUUACCUCUGGGAAUGAAGGAAAUUGGUUUGAAAUACAAACUGAUCCCAGAACUAAUGAAGGCAUCCUGAAAGUGGUGAAGGCUCUAGAUUAUGAACAACUACAAAGUGUGAAACUUAGUAUUGCUGUCAAAAACAAAGCUGAAUUUCACCAAUCAGUAAUCUCCCGAUACCGAGUUCAGUCAACCCCAGUCACAAUUCAGGUAAUAAAUGUAAGAGAAGGAAUAGCAUUCCGUCCUGCUUCCAAGACAUUUACUGUGCAAAAAGGCAUAAGUAGCAAAAAAUUGGUGGAUUAUAUCCUGGGAACAUAUCAAGCCACCGAUGAGGACACUAACAAAGCUGCCUCAAAUGUCAGGUAUGUCAUGGGACGUAACAAUGGUGGUUACCUAAUGAUUGAUUCAAAAACUGCUGAAAUCAAAUUUGUCAAAAAUGUGGACCGAGAUUCCACUUUCAUAGUUAACCAAACAAUCACAGCUGAGGUUCUGGCCAUAGACGAAUACACAGGUAGAACUUCUACAGGCACGGUAUAUGUUAGAGUACCCGGUUUCAGUGACAAUUGUCCAACAGCUGUCCUCGAUAAAGAUGCGAUUUGCAGUUCUUCUCCUUCCGUGGUUGUCUCCGCUAGAACACUGAAUAAUAGAUACACUGGCCCCUAUACAUUUGCACUGGAAGAUCAACCUGUGAAGCUGCCUGCCAUAUGGAGUAUCACAACCCUCAAUGCUACCUCGGCCCUCCUCAGAGCCCAGGAACAGAUAGCUCCUGGAGUAUACCACAUCUCCCUGGUACUUACAGACGGUCAGAACAAUCGGUGUGAGAUGCCAGGCAGCUUGACACUGGAAGUCUGUCAGUGUGACAACAGGGGUGUCUGUGGAACUUCUUACCCAACCACAUGGCCUGACACCAGAUAUGGCAGGCCGCCCUCAGGGAGGCUGGGGCCUGCUGCCAUCGGCCUGCUACUCCUUGGUCUCCUGCUGCUGCUGUUGGCCCCCCUUCUGCUGUUGACCUGUGACUGUGGGGCAGGUUCUACUGGGGGAGUGACAGGUGGUUUUAUCCCAGUUCCUGAUGGCUCAGAAGGAACAAUUCAUCAGUGGGGAAUUGAAGGAGCCCAUCCUGAAGACAAGGAAAUCACAAAUAUUUGUGUGCCUCCUAUAACAGCCAAUGGAGCCGAUUUCAUGGAAAGUUCUGAAGUUUGUACAAGUACGUAUGCCAGAGGGACAGCGGUGGAAGGCACUUCGGGAAUGGAAAUGACCACUAAGCUUGGGGCAGCUACUGAAUCCGGAGGUGCUGCAGGCUUUGCAACAGGGACAGUGUCAGCGGCUGCUUCAGGAUUCGGAGCAGUCACUGGAGUUGGCAUCUGUUCUUCAGGGCCGUCUGGAACCAUAAGAACAAGGCAUUCCACUGGAGGAACCAAUAAGGACUAUGCUGAAGGGGCAAUAAGCAUGAAUUUUCUGGACUCCUACUUUUCUCAGAAAGCAUUUGCCUGUGCGGAGGAAAACGAUGGCCAGGAAGCAAAUGACUGCUUGUUGAUCUAUGAUAAUGAAGGCGCAGAUGUUACUGAUUCUCCUGUGGGCUCCGUGGGUUGUUGCAGUUUUAUUGCUGAUGACCUGGAUGACAGCUUCUUGGACUCACUUGGCCCGAAAUUUAAAAAACUUGCAGAGAUAAGCCUCGGUGUUGAUGGUGAAGGCAAACAAGUUCAGCCACCCUCUAAAGACAGUGGUUAUGGGAUUGAGUCCUGUGGCCGUUCCACAGAAGUCCAGCAGUCGGGAUUUAUUAAGUGCCAGACUUUGUCAGGAGGUCAAGGAGCUUCUGCUUUGUCCGCCUCUGGGUCUGUCCAGCCAGCUGUUUCCAUCCCUGACCCUUUGCAGCAUGGUAACUAUUUGGUAACGGAGACUUACUCAGCUUCUGGUUCCCUCGUGCAACCUUCCACUGCAGGCUUUGAUCCACUUCUCACACAAAAUGUGAUAGUGACAGAAAGGGUGAUCUGUCCCAUUUCCAGUGUUCCUGGAAACCUAGCUGGCCCAACGCAGCUACGAGAGUCACACACUAUGCUCUGUUCAGAGGAUCCUUGCUCCCGUCUAAUAUGACUAGAAUGAGCUGGAAUAGCACACUAACCAAAUCUGGAUCUUUGGACUAAAUUAUUCAAAAUAGCAUAGCAAAGCUCACUGUAUUGGGCUAAUAAUUUGGCACUUACUAGCUUCUCUCAUAAACUGAUCAUGAUUAUAAAUUAAAUGUUUGGGUUCAUACCCCAAAAGCAAUAUGUUGUCACUCCUAAUUCUCAAGUACUAUUCAAAUUGUAGUAAAUCUUAAAGUUUUUCAAAACCCUUAAGAUCAUAUUCGCCAGGAAAUUUUCCUAAACAUUCUUAAGCUUCUAUUUUUCCACUGCCAAAGGAAGGUGUUUAUCAUUUUAAAAUGCAAUGUGGUUUAGUGGAUUAAGCAAGAGUGCUGGCUAUCUCCGUUGCCUUUUCUUAUAUCAUUGAUAAUGAUGUAAGAAUCACAAGGUAUUUGCUAAAGCAUUUUGAGCUGCUUGGAGAAAGGGAAAUAGUUGCAAUAGAGUUUCUUCCAUCUUUUUGGUGCUGGGAGGCCAUACAUGGGUCUUUUCCUCAAGCUAAGGGGUAUAAGCUUAUGCAUUAAAUGUGCUACAUCUAUAUUUCACAUAUUCUCGCAAUAAGAGAAUUUUGAAAUAGAAAUAUCAUAGAACAUUUAAGAAAGUUUAGUAUAAAUAAUAUUUUGCGUGUUUUAAUCACUUUGAAAGGAUCUAUGCAAAGAAAAUAUUUUACAUUGAGCUCCUUCCUACACACAUCUCAGUAACAGAUCCUGUGUUAGUCUUUGAAAAUAGCUCCUUAUUUUUUAAAUGUCAGUGAAUAGAUGUAGCAUACAUAUGAUGUAUAAUGACGUGUAUUAUGUUAACAAUGUCUGCAGAUUUUGUAGGAAUACAAAACAUGGCCUUUUUUUAUAAGAAAAAAGGGCCAAUGACUAGAAUAACACAUGGGGCAAUCUGUGAAUAUGCAUUAUAAGCAGCAUUUCAGAAAAGUAGUUGGUGAAAUAAUUUUCAAGUCAAAAAGGGAUAUGGAAAGGCACUUAUGAGUAACCUCUAUUUUUUUAAGCCUUGCUUUUAAAUUAAACAGCUACAGCCAUUUAAGGCUUGAGGGUAAUAAAGCUUGAGAGUAAUAAUGUUAGCUUAGCAAAGGUUUAGAUGUAUUACUUCAUGCAUGCUACCAUGAUAGUAAUGCAGCUCUUCGAGCCACUUCUGGUCAUUCAAGAUAUUCGCCCUUUUGCCCAUAGAAAGCACCCUACCUCACGUGCUUACUGACAUUGUCUUAGCUGAUCACAAGAUCAUUAUCAACUUCCAUUAUUCCUUAUUGUAUAUAAAAUACAGAGUUUUAUAUUUUCCUCUCCUUUUUUUUUUUUUUUUGCCAUAUUCAAAACCUAAAUUUGUUUUUGCAAAUAGAAUGCAAAGUAAUCAAGUGUUUGUGCUUUCACCUAGAAGGGUGUGGUCCUGAAAGAAAGAGGUCCCCUAAAUAUCCCCCACCCUGGUGCUCCUCCCUCUCCCUGGUACCCUGACUACCAGGAAGGCAGGUGCUAGAGCAGCUGGAGAAGUGAGGCAGCCUGUGCUUCCACAGACGGCGGUGCUGCUGCAACGAGGCUUUCAAUGCGCCCGUCUUACGGGAGAGAAGCUAGAUCCUGUGCAGCAGCCCGGUAAGUCCUGAGGAGGUUUCAUUGCUCUUCCUGCUGCUGCUCUUUGCUUCUCAACGGUGGCUCGCUCUGGGGUCUAGAGCACAUGCAGCUAACUUGUGCCUCUGCUUAUGCAUGAGGGUUAAAUUAACAACCAUAACCCCUAUUUGAAGUUCAAAGGUGUAUUCAGGAUCCUCCAAGCAUUUUAACCUUGCCUCUUAAAACCCAAUUUACCAUGAAAUGGGAAUUUUGCUGCAUUGUUAAACUGCAGAGGAAAUCAUGCUAUAGUAAUAAAGCUUAUAUAAGAGAGAAAUUGAAAUUAAAUGUGUUUUUAAAUUUCAAAAAAAAUCAUAGGAUGACUUAAAAAUUGAUUUGCCAUGUAAAAUGUAUCUGUAUUUUUUUUACACAAAACUUGUUUUAAGCAGAAAAUUUUAAAACUUUACUACUUGAUGUAUUAUACAUUUUGAACCCUAUGUAUUAAACCAUAAACAGUGUAAUGUUGUUAUAAUAAAACCAGCAAUAAAUUUAUAAGUAAAAAACGAACUACU